AUGGAUUCCACGAGCUCAGGGUCGCCGACGGCCAGUCCGCCCGGCGCCGUCCGCACACGCAACAAGUCCUCCGGCUCCAUCGCAAAGCGAGCUUGCGACCAAUGCAAGUUCCGCAAGAUCAAGUGUAGCCUAUCGCAGCCCUGCAGGGCCUGUCAAUCGAUGGGCUUUGACUGCACAUUCCUUCAGCCGCAGAAGAAGCGCGGGCCAACCGGACAUCGUGUCUCGCAAAUUCGCCAGCAACAAACGCAUAUCAUCUCUCGUACUCCGCAAGAAACCCCCAUCCCUAAGCAAGAGCCCUUUCGGUAUCAUGGCCCAACGUCCGGCGUGGAACAGGGUCAGUCCGUCUCGAUGCCCGGAGCAUCAUGGACAUCCGCGCAAGGCCAGGUCACCAUGUCGAUGGAGGGAACAACCGGUCUUGCACCAGCCGGGCCGGCACCGGCUGUUGUAGACGCCUGGGCGGCGGAGACGGCAUCUCUCGACUCACAAGGGACCACCGUGGGCUGGAAUGACCGUCCGGAUGUGGAAUAUUGGCUACCAGAUCAUUUGGGCGCGCAGGUCCCCGUCUUUGAAUUCCCCGGCAGCAACAUCUACCUCAAACCUUCUCUUCCAUCCAUCAUCCAGCCCGUGCCCGAUGUAACGACUAUCAGCCUCCCACCGGCCGAACCCCAGGGGAUGCCAUAUUCCCCGGCCGUGGGAUCAGCCGUGGGGUCAAUACAGUCCUCAGAGAGCCAGGAAUCUGAAGGAUUUUGGCCUAAUUCGAUCGACGAGGCGAAUAUGAUUCCCUGGCUGGACGUCUACUUCGACCGUCUUCAUCCGACUGUACCCGUGUUGAGUCGCUCGUCGUUGUACACGCGGAUGAUGUGUCAGGAACAUCGCAAGAAUACCCAAUUCGGGGCGAUGCUGCUUUCUUUAUGUGCAUUCUCUCUAACGCAACCCAUCGAGAUAAAUGAGCGCGCUACUACCUCUUCACGCGCCACCCAGGCCCGGUUGAUGAUGCACGAAGCUACCAAGAUGCGGAGUUGCUGUGAUUUCGGUGAAAAUCCGACGAUCGAGGCUGUUUUGACGAGUUUCUUCCUUUUCGGCUGCUUGUUUGGAAGUAAUCAACAUAAUGCUGCCUGGCUGCGGCUGCGAGAAGCUCUAGAUCUUGCGUCUACUUUGGGACUCAAUGAUCCAGAGUCAUAUCGGGAUUUACCCGGUGAUGAGAAGGGUCAGCGAUUACGGACGUAUCUAGUCCUGUCAAUCACGGAAAGAGCAUAUGCAUUGCAACGCCUACACCCCGUCACAUUCUCCGGCAAGCCCGGAUUCAGCAUGCGCUCCGUCCAUGACUUCCUCCACAACGCCACAAACAGCCUCGUCUCAGGAAUCAUCGUACACAACGAAAAAGACGCCGAAGGCAUGAUGGGCCUAGUCCGACUAAUGGAACUCUUCGACGCCAUCGACGAAGACUUCAUCUACUGCUGGAACAGACGCUGCGACCUCCGCAACGGGUACUGCGAACGCUUCACCGAAGCCAAAGCCCUAUCCAUGUACGAUAGCCUUCAGCAAGUCAGCCAAGCGGAGCGGUACAAGGGGUAUGACUGGUUUGAAAAAGCCAAGGUUGACGGUAAUGAUAAUAAUGCGCUUCUUGCUAUGGGACUACGAGAGACUCAGGCUGCGGAUGUGUUUAUCACGCAGAAAUGGGUACAGAAUCGGGUUUGGCUUUUGUGUUUGAAUCACGGGCUUUUGAGGACGCAGUCUGAUCGGCCGGAGUUGACGUUUGGGUUUGCGGUUAACAUUGCUGAAUCGACUAUUCAAUUGUGUCGGUCGUUGAGGUUGAGUUCGAUGGAAGCCCAUGGGAUUGGAUUUACCGAAAAACUAUACGACAUUGCCGUCAGCGCCACAGAUAUUCUCUGCAAUAUUAACCCCCCCUUCGGCACGGGGAUAACCCCGCUAGGCAACUUUUCCGAAACACUACCUACAACAUCCACGCCGCAGGCAAUGGCCGAAGACUUUUUGUUACUGCUGAGCAGUUUCCGGGGUGGGAAUCAUCCAUUUGUGGAGAAGUAUCGGGCUCAUUUGCGGGCUUUGCAGAUUCCGGGUAGUUGGAGUCAGGCUCAGGGUCCGUGA